GAGCAGUAUCCGGCUUUUUUGACCAUGUUUACCUCCUCACACAUUGCGAACUUCCACACCACGGUUCUUAAAAUAAGUAACCGUGAUCACACGGACUGUGUUUGAGUCUAUUUUUUCCGAAUUCACGCCGACGAACGGAUUAAUGAUGCCGCCGUCGACAAUGUAGGCUUGAAGAACACUUUCCGGUGUCGACGAUACUGGCGCAUAUGGUAGGCUGUCUUGCACAACGAAAACGCUGAUAGCUCAUGAUAAUUUCCGGCCAUUUCACGGGUUGAACUGACUGAAUUGUUUAUCGUAGACUAUUCUGCUUUGUUGUCAUAACAACAGGAUAUAUAAACGCGCCAAAUAUUCAAGUGAAACGAAGAAGUUUUUCAACAACACGACAGUUUUGUUUGUUUUUAUCGUGAUCUAUGUGUGAUGCGUUAGGAAACCAAGAUGGAGGCGCGCACUGUAAUAUUACAUGUCGUGCUCGGCGUGUUUACAACAGUAAUUUCUAACUUAAUUACAUCUGUGGUGUCGCAAGACUAUUGCCAUGGUGGCAGUAAGAAAGAACUAAAUUGUAGUUGUGGUCCUCCACCUGAUUUUACCUUAUCAUUUCCAGAAACAGGCCCAGAAACUGGUCAAACACUGAAUGUAAGUUCAGAAUGUAAUGCUGGAUGUAUAGCAGGAUGUGUCAUCGGUUGUCUAUUUCUUAUCUUCCUGAUUAUCGCUUUACUUUACUACUUCAAGCGAAAGAGGAAGCUGUCCCUAAGUUGUUGGAAAAUUACAGAAGACAACAAGAGUAAAAGAUUUCGUAUAAUUAAACCCCGUAGAAGUUCUGUGUCCCCAUCACCACCAGCAGCAGAGAGAAUGGAAGCUGCAGAGUUAGGACACGAUAACCCUACGAUGAAUGGUGACAGUCCUGCACAUGACCCUUAUCCGAUAUUCCAGAAGCCAUUAGCUUUGGAACCACUAAGUGACCCAAAAAACAAGUACGCAGAGAAUCCUAGUGAUACAUCACCGGAAAAAUCGCCAAGAAGAAGAAAAAAAAAGAAGAAGAAAAAGAAACACAAGUCAACUACAGGGGUUGACAGUGGGGAUGCAUCAAAUAGACGUACUGAAGUUACUACACACAGGGAGUUGCCAUCAUUGCCUCCAGUAAAUAAUCCCACAACAUUGGAAGGACUUAAUCGACCACUGCGUUUACAACCAGUACAGUCAAAAUCGCAGUACGCAUAACAUUCAUAACAUUUUAAGCAUGGUACCCUUUACCACCAAAAGUCCCCA